AUGUGCUUCCAGACUUAUAACAUGUGGACGAUGUGCAACUGUAUUCAUUUCGGACGAGUUGAACGCUGUAAAGAGUUCGGCGUGCCAUUUCUCAUGCGAGAGCGUUGCACAGGAGUUGUUCUACGAGCUCUCAACAUUGGCAUUCUUGGAAUUCCCGAAGAGCGACUUUUUCAGAAGGCAGGAAUGUGCCCGGAUUGCUCAGAGAAGUUGUAUCAAGAGAUGUGGGCACUUCGUUGGAAAUGGACUUCUCGUCAGAGUGAAGAGUGGGCGGCGAAGCAGAAAAGCGAGAAUAAAUGA